CUCGUUAAUUCGUCGUUAAUUACAUCUAUACAUAAGGCCUCCACCGAAGAUGAAAAACAUCCUCGCCAUCAUUUUGGCUUCUUUGGCCGUUUGCUGCAACUGCCAGUCAAACAACCCCAUUGCUUUAUCUUCUUCCUGGGCGAAACUGCGUAUCUCACCGGACACGUUCAGUUUCAAGGAGUACGGUAACUUUGUCGUUAGAAUUUACGAACACGUCAAUAAUCACGGGGCAGCAACAGCCAGCCAAAAAAGGUAUUUCUACUCUCCUAUCGCGCUAUUGGACCACUCAAGUGCCGUCAGUUCUUACAACGGUGUGACGAAACAGCCAGAGAUGAGAUUCCGCAUUGAAAUGUGGAACGUCAAAGUCCAAAAUGAAGUUGUACAACAUUUGAGUGGAAUUACUGGUCAUCCAAUCAAAUCGUAUCAAGUGAGCGUCAUUCCCUUGGAGAAUUUGAUUCUCAUCAGCGGCUCACCCCCAGUGGAUUUUUGGCUGAAUCCAUGGUGGACGUAUUAUGACGGCAGAAAAACCCUUUGGCUUUCUCUGUCGUGUUAUGAGCAGAAAGUCUGCGACAAACUGGCCAGUGCAAUGCGAUGGGAUCCCACUCAAUUCGCACAUUUCAAACUCUUGUACAGUUUUUCGUCGCAUCAGACGUGGCAAACCAAACAGGCGACCAUUAGCAUCGGCAGUAUCACUUCCGGUCGAUUGGUCUCGACUUAUUUAAAGAAAUUUCAAAUGACAAAUCAGAUUUAUCUGACGGCCAACGACGAGAUGAAAAUGUUGAAAGAAACGACCACACAAAUCCUAAGGAACACAUUUGAAGAAAACGAGGUUUGGUCUAGAAACACGGAAGUUGAAAUUUUAAAUAUUUUAAAAGGUUUGCUGGUCACAUCCAGGACGACCAUCGAAGAAGAAAAUGACAAAAUGUGGGACUCUGUUUUCUGGGAUGACGACAAUUACCGGCCGGACAAGACGGCCAAAAAUUUGAACGAAAUCGUCAACAAACUGGAUAAGGAAACUCAAAAGAUAUUCAUUGACAUCAUGUUUCAAACGGAGGAACAUUUGGAAUUCUCAAACAGUUGGGCUGACGUGGACGGAAUCAGUUCAAUCAUUUCAGGGAAAAUGGCAACCAAUUCCGAUAGUUCCCGGCGAGUCGAUAUUUCAAUAGAAGAAAUGGUAAAAUUAUUUCAAGAUAGUAGAAAUAGAGACCACGUCCAAUGGAACGGGGAGAAGUUCGUGCCCAAACCCAUUCAACUGAGCAGAAUCAAUUUGGCCACAUUUCGUGAUUCCCAAUCGUUUCAAGAUCGGAACGUCAGUGUCCGAUACACGAUUGCCGAUCUUUCGGCGGCGAUCAAAUUUGUAGAACGCGAAGGACUGAAAAUCACUGAUGAACUCAAAGGUUUGAAAAAAAAAAAGGAAUAAAAAUUUGAUUCAUUUUAUUUAAUUAUUGGA